AUGUCAAUGGUUUGUCUAGAAUGUCCGCAGAAAUUCGAGAGACAUUUUGGUCGUUAUCCCCAAGUUUCAGACGUGCUUGCAUUCAGUGGGCCAGCACCAGAGAGAAUCAACGGCAGGAUAGCAAUGGUGGGAUUUGUUGCAGCUCUGGCAGUGGAACUAUCCAAGGGCCAGGAUGUAUUUGCUCAAAUAUCCAACGGUAGAAUCCCAUUGCUCCUUGGCACCAGUAUUUUAAUUGCCAUCUGUGGCCUCUUUGGUUCCUCUGUUGAAAAAGGGGUGAGUGUUGAGUCGAAAUCAAAAGGGGUGAUGACCUCAGACGCUGAGCUGUGGAAUGGAAGGCUGGCCAUGUUGGGCCUUGUAGCUUUGGCCUUCACUGGGUAUGUGAAGGGUGGAACCCUAGUGUAG